GUCAUUGUCUUUGCGACUCGCUUUGAUCCAGCGUCGUCCUACCAAAUAUAGGAUGCGAGCUAUUCUCAGAGGUUUAGAUUUGCCAAGCCUGCCUCGCCCCUAGCGAUGCUUUCAGGCGUCCACGCCUCGCCACCAGCGAGUCACGAUGGCUCGACUGUCGCCUUGUCCACGCGCGACUUCAGUUGAGCGAAGGGUACAUCUCCCGUGCAAUUAUAAUCAGUACCAGCCCAUCGCGACUCCCCAGACGCCGCAAUCCAGAGCAGAACGACCAAAAUGCGCAAUCCCAACAGCAUCCGUAUCCUGCUCCUCCUCAUACCACCGCUUCUCUUCCUCUUCCCUCUCGCCGCCCUGACCAACAUCCUCGAGCGCAUAUCCAAGAACUAUUUCAACGACGGUCUUGGUCGCGACAUACGCAGCGGCGCCUCCCAAAUCGUCUUGUCCCGCCCCGGCUCGAACGACACCACCGUGACGAUCGAUGUCAACAACGCGCCUACAAUCACCAUACUAGCGUUAUGUCUGCUGGGAUAUAUAGUCAGUCUGCUCAGCGCAGCAGGAAUAUGGCAACUGAGGCGCACAGAGGGUACGGCGGGACAUGAGAGAAUGUGGACGUGGAUUAUCUUCGUUAGCAAUAUCGUUAUGGUGGGUGCCAGCCUAGGCGUCUUUGGCUAUGUCACUUCAGUGCAAAAUAGCGAUAAGAGCUGGCAAAGAUACGAAGACGUUGGCCGAGACGACCAAGAGUUUACAAGAGAGACAUGGGCGUGUCAGAUCGACAAAUUCUUUCCCGAGGAAGAUUGGGCGGGUACGGCAUGUGGAACUGCUAAGGCGAUGAGGUACAUGGUUAUAGCCAUGGCUGUCGCUGCGUUGUCGGUCUUUGUCAGUCUGUGGGUUCUUGUGCGGGCGAGAGGAGGGAUUAAGUGGGCAUUUGGAGGCAAGGGCAGGUAUGCAGCGUUUGCGAGUGUGUAUGAGAUGCAACCGCCUGGUCCGCCAUCGCCUUAUACUGGGCCACAGGGACAGCAAUGGAUGGGUCAGCCAGGACAGCAAUGGGUGGGCCAGCCUACGCAACAGCAGUGGGCGCCGCAACCUUACCAGCAGUGGGGUCCGCAACCUGUGCAGCAAUGGGGUCCUCAGCUUGUUCCUCAACAGCCUGUUUCUCAGGUGCCAAAGUCAGAUGCUACUGUAGGGCAACGUCCGGUUUUCGGAUGAGGUCACGAAAAAUUCACGAGGUAUCAUUGAAAGUCUACCGGAACCUGAGUAUCAGUCUCUCUGGAAGCACAUGUCACUACUAAUACAGGGGAUUCUCUUGCUCGGUGGCUCAUGAUCAAGAUCAGAUGAAGAUUACGUGCGCCAGAUUUGGGUUCACUUC